AUGAUUAGUGCCAUUUUUAAUAGCGAAAACGAGGAAUUUGUCAAGGAUAUAGAAGAAAGUCUAAAAAUUCAGUCAAAUCAACGAUUCCUCCAAACAUGCACCUCUCCUUGCUUAGGCUGCAAUCCAAGAUCCAGUACCGCAUGCACAUCUUGCGUGACAGGCUAUUAUCUUAGCGGAUCUUCAUGCAUUGCUUGCCUACCUCAAUGCUCUACCUGUAGCAGCUCAACAACCUGCAUUGUUUGUUUGGACACUGUCCAUACCUCACCCCUAUAUUGCACAUGCCCUACUAACUCAUCACUAAUAGGCUCAUCUUGCGUAUGCAAUCAAGGCUACUAUUUUUCCUCCAAUAAAGUCUGUUCAGCAUGCGCCACUCAAUGCUCUGUAUGCUCUGUUUCUUCAUCAAAUUGUACUACUUGCCUUGACACAGUUCAUAUGUCAACUCCAGCUUGUGAAUGCCCAUCUAACUCAGCACUUGUAGGGUCUGCUUGUAUCUGCAACAAAGGCUACUAUUUCAGCUCAAACACUGUUUGCUCAGCCUGCUCCAUUCAAUGUGCUACAUGCUCUGAUUCUGAUUCAAAAUGUGAUAGUUGUCUUGAUAGUGUUCAUAUGUCAAGCUCACCAACUUGUGCCUGUCCAGAUAAUUCAACAAUUGUAGAUUCAGCUUGUGUCUGUAACCCAGGCUACUAUUUUAGCACUAGUUCUGUUUGUUCACCAUGUGCUAAUAAAUGCGCUACGUGUUCUCAUUCAAGCAUAGAUUGCAACACCUGCACUGAUUCAGUCCAUAUGACUCCACCAGCAUGCGAAUGCCCUCAAAAUUCAGCUUUUAUAAAUGGAAGUUGUGUCUGCAGCACUGGGUAUUUUUAUAGCAGCUUAACAACCUGUUCUGCAUGUAAUGAAAACUGUGGGAGUUGUACAACAUCUAUAGGAAAUUGUUUGACUUGUUCUGAUACAAAUCAUAUGACGGCUGCUCCUGAAUGUGCUUGUCCUAUAAAUGCAAAUCUUGCUGGGGGGUUUUGUAAGUGCAAUACUGGAUUUUACUUUUCCUCAAGCUCAGAGUGCAGUCCAUGUAGUCCUCAAUGUGCUACUUGCACGGUGAAUGAUAAUGUAUGCUCUUCAUGUAUUGACCCAAUUCAUAACUCCAGCCCACCUAACUGUUACUGCCCAGCCAAUUCUCAGCUUACUGCAGGUUCCUGUGUUUGCGACUCUGGAUUCUAUUUUUCAUCAAGCGCUGUGUGCUCUGCAUGCCCGUCUAGCUGUGCGACUUGCGAUUCAGGAACUUCUUGCUUAACUUGUCUUGAUACAGUUCAUAUGACAGAAGCUCCUAGCUGUCAAUGCCCUGAAAAUUCUUUUAUACAAGGAGGCUCCUGUGUGUGUAACGAUGGAUAUUACUUUUCUAACUUUACUACAUGUUCUCCAUGCCAAAACAAUUGCAAAGCCUGCUCUGAUGCGGCUGAAAAUUGUUUAACUUGCUCUGAUUCUGUUCAUAUGUCAGCUGCUCCUGCUUGCGCUUGUCCUCCAAACUCUACAAUUAACUCUAUUGGGCAAUGUGUUUGCAAUGCAGGAUAUUUUUACACUUCUAAUCAUCAAUGUAGCCCUUGCUCUCCUCAAUGUUCUACCUGCUCUGUAUCUAGCUCAACUUGCCUCACUUGUAUUGAUACAGUCCACAUGGGAAAUCCUCCAACCUGCUCAUGUCCGGCCUCUUCAACUUUAACUGCAGGAGUUUGCACUUGUAAUACUGGCCUUUAUUUCAGCUUAAACACUGUUUGUUCAACUUGUGCUCCACAAUGUCUUUCCUGUUCAGAUUCUGAAAGUAACUGUGGAUUAUGUAUCGACAUUGUUCACAUGUCAGAAGCUCCUGCAUGUGCUUGCCCAGAAAAUUCAAAUCUUGUUGGGGGCUUUUGUAUAUGCAAUACUGGAUAUUACUAUUCCACAAAUAAAAUGUGCAGUCCAUGUAGUUCUCAAUGUGCUGCUUGUACUGUAGAUGCUAACGUAUGCUCUUCAUGUAUUGACCCAAUUCAUAGCUCCAGCCCACCUAACUGUUACUGCUCAGCCAAUUCUCAGCUUACUGCAGGCUCCUGUGUUUGCUACUCUGGAUUCUAUUUUUCAUCAAGUUCUGCAUGCUCUGCAUGCCCAUCUAACUGUGCAACUUGCAAUUCUGAAACUUCUUGCUUAACUUGUCUUGAUACAGUUCAUAUGACAGAAGCUCCUAGCUGUCAAUGCCCUGAAAAUUCUUCUAUGCAAGGAGGCUCCUGUACAUGCAAUACUGGCUAUUAUUUUUCUGGCUCUUUUACAUGUUCUCCAUGCCAAGAAAAUUGCCAAACCUGCUCUGAUACAGCUGAAAAUUGUUUAAGUUGUUUUGAUACCGCUCAUAUGUCAGCUGCUCCUGCUUGCGCCUGUCCUACAAACUCUGAAGUCAACACUAAUUGAAAAUGCGUUUGCAAUGCAGGAUAUUUUUACUCGGCUGAUCAUCAAUGCAGCCCUUGCUCUCCUCAGUGCUCUACCUGCUCAGAUUCCAGCUCAGCUUGCUUAACAUGCUUUGAUACCAUCCACAUGAGUAGCCCUCCCAACUGUUUAUGCCCAGUCUAUUCCACUUUAACUGCAGGCUCUUGCACUUGUGAUCCAGGUUUUUAUUUCAGCUCAAAUACAGUAUGCUCAUCUUGUGAUGAAACCUGUGCAGCUUGUUCUGGAUCAGACAAUUGUUUAAGCUGUAAAGAUCCAUUACAUGCAACUCCAUCAGGCGGUAUUUGUCAAUGUGACUCAGGUUUUUAUUGGGUAGCUUCUAGUUAUUAUUGUGAUAAAUGCGCUCCAAAAUGUGCGUCCUGUGCAAGCACUGAAACUAAUUGUGGGUCGUGUAUUGAUAUUAUUCAUAUGUCAGCAGCUCCUAAUUGUGCAUGUCCUCGCUAUGCGAGCUUGAUAGAUAAUAUUUGUGUAUGCAAUACAGGGUAUUAUUUCAGCUCUCCUAGGGUUUGCUUUCCAUGCCAAGAAAACUGUGAAACUUGUGACUUGAGUUUUGAUAAAUGUGACUCAUGCGCAGAUAAAGUCCAUAUGUCGGAUGUUCCUGAUUGCUUGUGUCCUACUAAUUCAGCGCUUUCAGGGGAUAGUUGUGUAUGCAAUACAGGAUACUAUUAUAGCUCAAAUACUACAUGCUCUCCAUGCCAAAACAAUUGCAAAGCCUGCUCUGAUGCAGCUGAAAAUUGUUUAACUUACUCUGAUUCUGUUCAUAUGUCAGCUGCUCCUGCUUGUGCUUGUCCUCCAAACUCUACAAUUAAUUCUAUUGGACAAUGUGUUUGCAAUGCAGGAUAUUUUUACACUUCUAAUCAUCAAUGUAGCCCUUGCUCUCCUCAAUGUUCUACCUGUUCUGUAUCUAGCUCAACUUGCCUCACUUGUAUUGAUACAGUCCACAUGGGAAAUCCUCCAACCUGCUCAUGUCAGCCUCUUCAACUUUGAUUUCAGGAGUUUGCACUUGUAAUACAGGCCUUUAUUUCAGCUCAAAUACUGUUUGUUCAACUUGUGCUCCACAAUGCCUUUCCUGCUCAGACUCUGAAAGCAACUGUGGAUCAUGUAUAG